AUGUUCCUCUUUUUCAGACCGGAAACAUUUUCGGAGGAACAACCCGGAAGUCUGCCGGUCUUCUACUCGGUGACACUCAUGAGUAAUCUGAAGGAGACGUAACAUCAUGAAGUCCACAAGGUGUCUUCUCCGGCUGCUGGGCCGCUCCGCCCAUCCUAGCUUGCUACAGAAUCUGCAGCACAACCAGAUACAGACGGCGAGACAUAUCCGAGAUAAGAAAGGAGGACACGUACCCGUGGAGUUUCUCAGCGACAGGAGUUCAGUGGUCCAGCGUGACACCUUUGCCACGGAGCACAAAACCAAGGCUUCUUUCGUGGAGGCGCUGGAGGUCUUCAUCAAAGGCGACGUAAGGCGACGGGGCCACGUGGAGUUCAUCUACGCCGCGCUCAGUAAGAUGCCCGAGUUCGGCGUGGAGCGGGACUUGGUUGUCUACAACCGCCUGCUGGACGUGUUUCCCAAGGAGGUCUUCGUACCUAGGAACUUCAUCCAGAGGAUGUUCAACCACUACCCACGGCAGCAGGAGUGCGCAGUGCAACUACUGGAACAAAUGGAGAACUACGGUGUCACGCCCAACGUGGAAACCAAAGUCCUGCUUGUGCGGAUUUUUGGUGAGAAGGGCCACCCUGUGAGGAAGUACCAGCGCAUCAUGUACUGGUUUCCAAAAUUCAAACACGCCAACCCUUUCCCCGUUCCGCAUCAGCUACCCCAAGACCCGGUGGAGCUGGCCGACUUUAGUCUUAAGCGGAUAGCUGCCGACCUGGACGCUAGAGUCACCGUUUUCCAGAUGCCGGGAACAGACGUGACAGAGACCGGGGAGCAGAUAACCCUCCCCCACGUGGUAGGAAUUCAGAGCCCUGCACAAAUGGCGCUCCUCAGAAAGCACAACCCGAGCAGGCCCGUUUUUGUGGAGGGACCCUUUCCACUGUGGCUGAGGAAGACGUGUGUACAUUACUACAUCCUUCGGGCUGAACCUGAGCCACCUGAUGAGAAGGUGGAGGAGCCCUAUGAUCCAGAGCGAAGUUUCUACUACCCUCUGCAGCUGGACCUCGACUUAGAUCGGGAUUUUGGGGACCUUGAGACCUUCGAUGUGGAAGACUUGGAUGAAGGUCCGGUUUUUGCCAUGUGCAUGACCAACCAAGGAGACCAGGCCACCCUCAACCGAUGGAUCUCUGGUCUGCAGGAGAGCAACCCCAUCCUGGGGCACAUCCCUACCCUGUUCCGGCUGCAAGCCGGCCCCAGAGAGCUCCAGGCGGAGACCCCGAAAGAGGAGAGGCCCCCUGAAGAAGAAGAAGAGGAGGCGGCAAGGGGAAGGAACUGACUUCCAGAAUCCUUGACUUACAGGGAGUAGACCCUGGACUCAUUUCAGAAUGCAGGAGGACUGUAGACCACUAGGUGGUCUAAAAACACAAGUGCGGAACCCAGAACUUCAUGAAAUGACUUCAUUACUUGGACAUUUUGUUUCCCAAAACCGUACAAAAAGAUUUAAUUGCAGAAUAAAAGGCAAUUGAUGAUCUUCCUGCUUAACCAGUAAAUUAAAAACAUUUUUUCAUG